AAUUUAAUGACCAAGAAACGUUCGAUUAAACUGAUAUGGACCUCCUCCAUCUAUGGAAUUGAACUCAAUGGCGUCUUCUCCUUCAUGGUGGCGGUCGCUCUUCUCUCCGUCCAGGAAUCCGGUCACCGUUCACUGCUUUAAACGCCUCCAAGAAUACGCCAAUCUUAAGUUGGUGACAUCAUCACAAGAGAAGAAAGCGUUAGCAAGUCUUAAGGAAAUGGAGAAGAUUAUAGGGUAUAAAUUCAAGGAAAAGUCGUUAUUACAACAAGCUUUUACGCAUUCAAGUUAUCAAGAAUCUGAAUCGUAUGAAAGACUCGAGUAUGUCGGUGAUUCAAUUCUCAAUUUUUUAAUCAGUAAACAACAAUUCUUUAUGUACCCGAAUCUCUCACCAGGGUCAUUAACUGCGCUACGAGCUGCUAAUGUUGAUACCGAAAAAUUAGCACGUGUUGCAGUUAAGUAUAACUUCCAUAAGUACCUACGACAUGAAAAUCCGAUGCUUAGUAAGCAGAUUCAAGUAUUUAUUAAAGCCAUUGAAAAGUAUCCUUUUCAUUCAUAUGGAUUGAUCGAUGCUCCAAAAACUUUAGCUGAUGUUGUUGAGUCCACAAUCGGGGCCAUCUAUGUUGACAGUAACUCUUCGAUCGAUACUACAUGGGAGGUGGCUAAGAAUCUACUGGAGCCUAUGAUCACUCCCGAAAUGCUCCAACAGAAUCCAGUAAGGAAGCUUAAUGAGCUCUGUCACAAAAAGAAAUUAAAGGUUAGAUUUAGAGAUAAGUGGCUAAAAGAAGGGAUUUAUGAAGUUAUUAUUGAUAAUAAACUUAAAGGAAAAGGUGUGUACAAAGCCAAGAAGGAGAUUGCAUUAAAUAGAGCAGCUGAAGAUGCAUGUAACAACAUUUUGAAUAGCACAUCUGAAAGUUUAAAAUAGGUAAUUUAAAGGGGGUGUUUGGGACUGGUUUUUUGUGUUUUAGUACAACACAAUUAGAAGUUUUUCUGAUGUUUGGGAUUAUGCAUCUGGUUUUUGUGUUUUAUUAGAACAAUAAGAAGUUUCGGGGGACCCGCAAGGGGUUAACGAUCCCGCUGCCGGAAAUAGCUCCUCCAAUUAGGGAUAAUUUGAAACACUUUUACGGA